UUUGCUGUACUGGCGGGGAGUGGGAGUACACAACCUGUUGUGGGUUUGAUGGGCGAAGGGCCAGAUUAUGUAAUCUGGAGAGUAAAAGUGGGAGAAUAGCAACUAUAUACACUACGAAGAAUCCGGCCCUGUUCUCGCGCGGCUUCCAAAAUUCUCUUUUUCUCUAGCCACCCCAGCCACACUGCACUCGCGAGCCGUACGCGCGCAGUAGUAAUCGGUCCAAAUGCGCAACGACGACCGCCGCUCGUUGCUCACACGAGUUUAGUGUGCUGUGCCGUACUGUCCACUGAACAACGCACCAACGCCGUUGCUCAAAGCCAUCACUCACACGCAACGUCGUAGCGCGCCGCUUUGUGAAUCGAUCAUUGACCUAAAAUACAAUCGACACCGUGCUCCGGUCUGCGGUCUGAGAUAGUGACGGUAAAUUACGGCACAGUUUCGUCGUGUGUGUGUUUGUGGGCUGUGAACGGGGCGACAAAGUAUGUCUGAAUCAAAUUUCAAAAGCUUGGAAGACACCCUGAACAAGUAUAUUCCACCGGAAGAACUGCGCGAAGUGAAGCGAGUGCUGUACGGACGGCCGGACGACAAUGAGCUAAAAUUUUCCGAAGAAACCAUUUCCUUAGCCAAGGAUGUGGACAUCGAGCUUAAAGGGUACGUGUUUAGCGCCCGCAGGGAGGACCUCCGACGGCCGAGAAUCGUGCGGGUAGCGGCAGUGCAAAAUACGGUCGACAUUCCGACGACGGCCCCGAUUCACGUGCAGCGUGAUGCACUGCACGAGAAGAUUUCCAACAUUUUGCGGGUCGCCGUUACUGCCGGGGUCAACAUCGUGUGCCUUCAGGAAGCCUGGACCAUGCCGUUUGCGUUCUGUACGCGUGAAAAGUUCCCGUGGUGCGAGUUUGCCGAGGACGUCGAAAAUGGGCCGACCACGAAGAUGCUGAAAGAGCUGGCCCGACAGUACAACAUGGUUAUCAUCUCGCCGAUCCUGGAGCGCGAUUCGAACCAUCACGAUACGAUCUGGAACACGGCGGUGGUGAUUUCCAACAAUGGCACCUACAUCGGCAAACACCGCAAGAACCAUAUUCCCCGUGUGGGCGAUUUCAAUGAGUCGACCUACUACUACGAGGGCGACACGGGACAUCCGGUGUUUGAGACACAGUUCGGCCGUAUCGCCAUCAACAUCUGUUACGGGCGCCAUCAUCCCCAGAACUGGAUGAUGUUCGGCGUUAAUGGUGCGGAAAUCGUGUUCAAUCCGUCGGCCACCGUUGGCGGACUGAGCGAGCCGCUGUGGGGAAUUGAGGCGCGCAAUGCGGCCAUCGCCAACAGCUUCUUCACCGUGGCCAUCAACCGGGUCGGCACGGAAGUGUUCCCGAACGAGUUCACCUCGGGCAAUGGACUGCCGGCUCACAAAGACUUUGGCCCGUUCUACGGAUCUUCGUACGUGGCGGCUCCGGAUGGCUCGCGUACGCCCGGUCUGUCGCGCGAUAAGAGCGGUUUGUUGGUGGUUGAGAUGGAUUUGAAUCUCUGCCGACAGAUAAAGGAUUUCUGGGGUUUCCAAAUGACGCAGCGCCUACCACUGUACGCGGAAAGCUUAGCGAAGGCAAUCAAGCCUGACUACAAGCCACAGACUAUCCGGGAUAGCUAAGCACGUUCCUUCGCCAGCUGACUAGAGCUUCAUCAAUUGAUCAAAAAAUACAUACAAACAAGUUUAAAAAAAAAAACCCAUUUUCGGCCACUAUGGAACCAAGAUAAAGCAAUAAAUAACCGGGUUCUAUCUCCAUU